AUUUUUCAGAAGAUUAUGUAGCAACAGAAUUAUCUUCACCAAUUAAAAUCGAUGGAACCAAUGAUGAUAAUCCUGAUCAUAUAGACAAUUAUAUGCUUCAUUUUGUUGAAAGGGAAUUAACAUAA